AUGCCCGGCACGCCGCGCAGGCGGCUAACCAAUCGGUCCAAUCCGGCAACCAGGGUUCACCUGUUUUGUCGGGCGCUGGCAUUUCUCUUUGAGCUUGCUGUCUUGAUCUUCCUCAUUUAUAUCAGCAAGACGCAGGGCUACUCCAAUGGAAUCCGAUACGCCGGUGUAAGCCCCCCCCCCGCACACUGUUUCACGGUUCGCCCAGACUCACAUAAUCACUUCUCAACGUGUAGGUUGUCUGCGCAAUCCUGCUCAAUGCCAGUCAAGUAG